UGUGAAGCUGUGAAGCUGUGAAGCAGCAUCGCGAGACUAACGGGCGGGUCGAAUUGAAUUGAAUGCAGACGAGACCCUGAUCGACAGACGCCAUCAAGCGAACACAUUAAUUAACAUUGCUUCUCCAUCAACGCCCUCAUCGGCAGCCCUACAGGGUACGGCAAGUUGGCAACUAAACUAAAGUCCGCUUCUGGGCGCCCGCUUACCGGCACGCUCCACGACGCGCGCCAUCCAUGUUUUAAUUAAUCAAUUCGAAUGCCCAUAAUUGAUGAAUCCCGCCUUUCUGGCGGACUGUCGCGACGCUGCUUAAGUCCGCCGUAACACCGCAGGGGUGUCAAUCAGGACAAGAUCUGACAUUCUUACUCUAUAUCAAUCACUGCAGGACCACCUCCUCCCCUUCUACUCACAAUGGACUCGUCGCCCGGCAAAACAACCGCCUCUCCCCAUCAUGGCGCCCCAGGAGAUGCUCGAGAAGACGGCCUCGGCCACGCCCACCGCUGAGCGCGCUGACACAACACCCCCUAGCACGGGGGGCACCGACGCGACCACAUCAGCGACGACAGAUCACCAACAGGAAGGCCAUGCCGCCGUCCACAAGACAGACACCAACCUCUCCUACUCGCGACGCUUCCUCACCGGCUGGCCCCUCUUCAUGGUCAUCGCCGGCGUCUCCGUCGUCGUCGUCCUCACCCUCCUCGACCUCGCCAUCAUCGGCACCGCCAUCCCCCAGAUCACCAGCGACUUCAACCGCCUCGGCGACGUCGGCUGGUACAUCAGCGCCUACACCCUCGGCAACGCCGCCAUACAGCCCCUCUCCGGCAAGAUGUUCACCUACUUUCACCUCAAGUGGACCUUUCUCCUCUUCUUUCUUGUUUUUGAGAUUGGCAGCGCCAUCUGCGGCGCCGCCACCUCGAGCGCCAUGCUCAUCGCUGGACGCGCCGUCGCCGGUAUAGGCGGCAGCGGCCUCGUCAACGGCGGUCUCACCAUCAUCAUGGCCGCCGCUAAGCCGGAGCGCAUGCCCCUCUACACGGGUCUCGUCAUGGGCGUUGGGCAGGUCGGCAUCGUCGCGGGGCCUCUUUUGGGUGGCGCCCUCACACAGCACGCCAGCUGGCGCUGGUGCUUCUACAUCAACCUACCCCUGGGUGCCGUCGCGGGUGCUCUCAUGGCCUUUGUCAACGUGCCCGAGCAGAGAGCCAAGGACCCUUUCAGUCUCGCCCUCGUCCGCCGACUCAUCCCCAUCUUCGACCUCCCUGGUUUCGCCCUCCUGGCUAGCGCCACCGUCAUGCUGCUCCUGGCCCUGCAGUUUGGCGCUGAGUCGUAUGGCUGGAGCGCUCCCACCGUCAUCGGCCUCUUUGUCGGUGCCGGCGUGGGCUAUAUCGUCUUCGCCCUCUGGGAGUGGCGUCUCGGCGAGGACGCCAUGAUCCCGGUCUCCAUCCUCACCAGCCGCGUCGUCUGGUGCGCAGGCCUCUACAUGGGCUUCCUCAUGUCCUCGGUCAUUGUCGGCACCAACUUCAUCCCCAUCUACCUGCAGAGCGUCAAGGGCCUGUCCCCGACCAUGAGCGGCGUCUACAUGAUGGCCACCGUCGGCGCCCAGGUCAUCCUCAUUGUUCUGAGUGGCGCCCUCGUCAACAAGUCCGGCUACUACAUCCCCUGGGCCCUGCUCGCCGCAGGAGGCACCAUGAUCGCCUCGGGUCUUGUUUCAACCUGGUCCCGCACCACCGCCGUCGGCCCCAUCAUCGGCUACCUCCUCGUCAUGGGCCUGCGUGGCACCGGCUUCCAGAUGCCCGUCAUCGCUGUGCGUAUGGCCGUUUCCUCCGCUCAGAUCGCCAUGGGCACCUCCUUUAUCGUUUUUGGGCAGAACUUUAUGGGCUCCAUCUUCACCACCGUCGCCAACGCCAUCUUUCAGGAGACGCUGACCACGCACAUUGGCCACAUCAAGGGCGUCAGCCCCGAGGCCGCCAUCGCAGCGGGUGGUAGUGCGGACGCUGUGCGUGCGCUGGCACCGCCUGGUCCGACGAGGAAUGCCAUACUGGAUGCGUACGCGGAUGCUAUUAGCGAUGUAUUUCUGUUGCUCAUCGCGACGGCGGGCGCUGCCUUUGUCGUGGCGUUUGGGAUGGGUUGGUAUGAUCUGCGGCCGAAGAAGGAGGCCGAGGAGGAGACUAAGGAGGAGCCGCAGCAGACAGCAGACGUGUAAGAUACGUAGAUAUGCAUCUUUUCUUUUCUCAGCACUGGUAUAAUAGACGACAUUCCCCUCUCUUGGCACAGGUGGACAUGCAUACCAUAAUACAUUGUACUCCAUCAUCUAUGACCAAACAUAUAAUUCAGGAAUAACGUCGAGAAAUUAUAGGUAUUUCAGCUCUUAUACUAAAUAAUAUGUAUAUUUACCCAAGAAAUCGCUUUUCUAAGCUUAAGGCUCCGGGUAAGUAACUUUUUAUUCUCGCGACCGGUAUUUUCUUAAGCGCGGUAGGCGCCUAGAGGUUCUUUAUUAAUGUCCGCUAUAAAUACGAUAUUACCUUAAUACUAUAUUAAUAGAUUAUCGCGGACUAGGGGGCUUAUCAUUACUUAUUCGCGGUAGUACCUCUAGGCGCAGGGAAGAAGAUCGCGGAUAAUCCAGUAAUCUUUAGGGUAGGCAAAUAGAUAAAUGAGUG